AUGGCCAAGCUGCUGCCUCUUCACCCUGAACUGGGACCACUGGUCAUUGGCCCACGGCCCCACACGGCUCCGGUCACGACCACACGUUCCUUCUCAAUAGGACAGAAAGGAGGGGGAUCCAGGCCACCAUGGAUCCUCAAGGACAGAUACCAUCCAGGCCAGCAGCUAACCCUGGAGCAGGUGGAACCUCUGAUCCACGGCAGACUGGCGACCAUCAAGUCAGCUCUCAUGGCACGGGAUCCUGGUGGUACAGGACUGGUGAGCAGAGAGGAGUUCAGACGAGUCCUGAAGAGCCUGCUGCCUGUCACCCAGAACCAGCUCAACACUGUCCUCAACCAGGUGUGUGAGCGUGACGGCGAGAAGGUGGACUACAUGCAGGUCCUGAAGAGGUUCGGGCCCGCGGCCCGCAGAGCCUGCAGCAGCCACGCCAGCGAGAGCAGCCAGACCCGAGUUCACUGAGUUGUCUCUGUUCCUCUCAGGAGUGGUCCACAGAACACAACCACGUCCCUGUCUGAGAUGCAGAGGCUUCUCAAAGAUAAGAUCGGAGGCAACCUGAGGACCGUGAUCAGAGUGUUCAGCCUGUUUGACUGCAACCGAGAAGGACACAUCCAGCGACGCGAGUUCCGCCGCAUCCUGGACAGCUACUGCAGCCAGCUGACCGACAAGGAGUUUCAGAGGCUCUGGAAUCACUAUAGUCCCAAUAACUCGUCCACCAUUUCCUACCAACUGUUCCUGAAGAAGCUAGGCUUCGGUGACAGCCAUGACUUCAAGAUUGCUCCAGUCUGCACUAAGCUAGAAGUGUCCAGCCGAGGGACAACUCCAGUCAAACAGAGGAAACAAAGACCAGAAUUUCUUUCCGGUCUGCGCGGUGCCCCAUCAGUCCUGCCGCACAGGAAGCUGCAGACUCUCUUCUAUGACAAGAUGUGCAUGAACUCUACCACGGUGUGGCAGGCGCUGCAGGCCUUUGACACCACUCGCUCCGGUCUGGUAAAACAGGACGUCCUCAGGGCCAUUCUCAGCAGCUUUAUAUUUCCCAUGAACCCUCACUCCUUCCAGAAGCUGACCAGCUGUUACGGUGUGAAAGCAACGGGGCCGGUGAUGUGGAAACACUUCCUGAGCCACUUUGUGGGACAGGGCGACACAAAUCUUCACACCGACAGGGCCUUGGAGCAUGCCGCCCCAGAAGAAGAAGACAAGCUGGAUCUCCAGGACCUUUACCCUCGACUGAAAGUGAUUUCCCACCUACUGGACAUGAAGGAGGCGGGUUGGAUCACCAGGGGGGACCUGCGACAUUCACUGGAGAGACCGGGUGGGACCCGGCCCCGAUCUGGACAGUCACAGAUCACAGAGCUGCUCAAUGCUCUGGACCCGGAACACACCGGGGUCAUCCAGCUGGCCGGCCUCGAGAGACUCAACCUCAGCAUCGGCUCCGCUCCCACGGGCAACAAGGCACCACCACCCUCACCUGCAGACGCUGCUGAGCCCCUGGAUGUCCCCAAGGAGACUGGAGACACUGCUCUCAGCUCAGUGCUGGCCGCUCUGGAGCUGGUUGACCCUCAGUGCACCGGUCACGUCACAGGGGAAGAACUGAAGAAGGUCUUGAGCUGCUAUGGCACGCCCAUCUCCGACUUACACUUCAACAAGCUCUGUGAGAGCUCCAGCUCUAGACCCGGCAGUCCCUCCAAGUCGGUUCAUUACGUUAGCUUUCUCAGGAACCUGGGAGUCCUGCUAACAGAUGAAAUGCACACCGCCUCAUUUCAGGGGGAAGGCUACCGUACUGAGAGGCCGUGCACGUCACCUCAGUCGACCCCGCAGUCAGUCAGGGGACAGCGACCUCCCUCCGUUCUGCAGAUCAGUUCAGACACCUGCAACAUCCUGGACAUUGUUUUCCAGAGGAUGAGAUCCAGGUUAGAGCGACACCACAGCAGCCUGACUGACCGCAUCCGGGCCAUCUGCCACGGCUCUGACGGGACGCUGUCGGAGAGCCACGUACGGACGAUACUAGAGGACAGCUGGGUCAUCUUGAACGACGAGAAUUUCCACAAGUUCACGGAGCAGCUGGGCUUCAGGGACGGAUGGAUCGAGCGCUCGGCGUUCCUGGUGAAGUACAACGAGGCCACAGCCAGAGGCAGGCGGCAGCAUUCCGAGGGUCGUGGUGAGAAGGACACGGUCGAGCCCCCGUUAGCUUCUGCUGAGCAGUGCCUGGCUAGCAUGAAGACCAGGAUCAAGAUCAUCCACGGGAACAACCUGACAGCGUUCCGACUGAUGGACAGGAAACGUAGAAGGGUGGUCGACUACCAUGAUUUCGAGGCGCUGUACAGUAGCCUGGGACUUUUCUGCAGUGAGGCAGAGUAUCAGCGGCUGCUGGAUCUGAUCGGCCUGCAUCCCGGGGGCAACCUCAACUACACAGAAUUUGUUGACGUGGUUGAAAAUAAUGGCAAACGCAAACAAGGGACACAAACCGCAUGCGUACAAGAGCAGCUCCAUGAACUCCUGGCCUUUGAAGCCCGCUACAAAUGGGCAGAUAUGUCGAAAGUGCUGUGCCAGUUUGAUGCAGACGACCAGGCUUACAUCCAUAAAAAGAGCUUGAGGGGACUCCUCUUCACCUAUGCUCUUCCCAUGAGAUCCGACCAAUUUGACCAGCUUUGGUCGAGGUAUGACCCGGAUGGGCGCGGCCAUGUGGCAGCUUGUGACUUCCUAGAAAAGCUGGGCUUUUCCCAUGAAGGGGAACUCGGAGCUCGAAGCCAGAAGCUGAACCAAGCUGUAGUCCAGCAGAAUGCAGACAGACCGGUGUCCUCGGAUUCUGCAUCACUGGAGUGUAUUGAGUAAGUUUUGCAGGAGAACUUUGAGGGGUUGAGUGGCUCCUUGACUCACCUGGAAACGAACAGAGAUGGCACUGUGACAGUGGACGAGCUGCUCCUCUCCCUUUGGAAAACCUCUACAUUUUCUGUUUGACAGUCUGCCCUCACUAAACAGCUGAGGCUGAUGGAAAGGCCAUUAGAUGAUAACUGCAAGAGGCUAGCUUACAUGGAUUUCCUGUCUGCGUUUGACCGUAAAGCAGAGAAGAGGUGUGAGCUUCCCCCUGCUUCUCCUGACACUGUGCACCAGAUCGAGUCCUUGGACAGUCUCAGUCCUGGUGUGGCUCUGGCCCGGUUUCGAGAACUAGUCACUGCCUCAGCACCUACUUUGUAUAAGGCGUUCAUGGCCUUCGACCAGAGCGGGACGGGGACGGUCAAAGCUCUGGAAUUCCGUCAGGUGCUGGAGAACUUGUGUGCCCGCCUGUCGGACAAACAGCACAGACACAUGCUGACCCAUCUGCAGCUGCACCCCCAGAACGCCACUGUUAACUGGAAGGACUUCCUCAAGAAGUUUCAAUCACAGAGCCCACUGACGACAGAGAGGUGCCUGAGUAUGACCGGAUCCCCUAUCCCUACGAAAACUUCAGAGGUCACAAAGCAUCUGCAGCAGAUCCAGGAAACCGUCUCGGGUCACAUGUAUGAAAUCACCCGAGACCUGAUGGAUCUGGACCCCUCCAACAGCACCACCAUCUCCAAAGAGCAGUUCAGACAGCUUUGUGAUCGCCACUGUCUGAAACUCACAAAUGAUCAGUUGGAGUGUGUGUGGAGUCAGAUGCCUGUGAAUGAACAGAGGAAGCUGCAGUACAGAGAAUUCCUAAAGCGCUUUGGUGCACCGGGCCGGACGGCAGCAGGGCUUCACACCGACAGCUUCCCGUCGGCUUCCUCUGAGUCCAGAGCAACAACACGGAGUUGCCCAGAGGUCGCAGGUGGCUCUCUGCAACGCGCUCAGUCUGCCCCCCAGGGCACCUGCAGGCAUGCUGCCUCAGCGGGGAGGCCGGGAACAGGAAGCCUGCAGGGCAGCACGGAGAGGAGGCUGCGUGAGGCCGUGCAGCGCUGCUGGAAGGAGAUCCAGAAGAACUGCACCGAGGAGGAUCCUCAGCAGGAGGGACACAUCAGCACCACCUCCUUCUUGGAGAUCCUCCACUCUCUCAGCAUCCGAAUGACUCGUGAGCAGUUGGAGCGUCUGGCUGUGAAGUUUGACAUCAUCAAUAAUGGCCGUGUGUCAUAUCACAACUUUCUUCGUCACUUCCUGCUAACUCUGAAACCAGCGGAGACCAAGACGCCGUAUGGGCGACGUAAACUCCCUCUUCCUAUUGCACCGACGGGCCCGGGGGUCCUGAGCGAAGACUGCGUGGAGGUUAUGCUGAGGAUCCGCGAGGCGGUCCACUCCUCCUGGAACUCCGUCCGCCGCCGCUUCCUGACGUGUGACCCGGCCCGCGCCGGAAGUGUCCCCGCGCAGGACUUCAGGAAGGUGCUGCAGCACUUCAGCGUCGACCUGUCGUCGGAGGAGUUCUUCCAGCUCAGCUCUUACCUCGAUGCCGACGGCACAGGGAGGAUGUGCUACAACAACUUCCUGUGGGCCUUUCUUCACUGA